AUGAAUAUAUACACUAUCAUUUUUAAAGGUGCAGAAAUCCAGGUCGAAACACUAAGGCUGCUUUUGGAGUGUCUGAGAGAAGCAGCAGAACAUGGAAACAUCUGUGCUCAAGGCCAUCUUGUGGAAUAUUAAUAUAAUAGAAAAUUUCACUCAACAGCUGCUGCAGUAGCCAGAAGGGAAAAGAACAACAUUGACAUUCUAGCAGAGAUAACCGAUUGUCUUACUAUACACGUAGCCAAGGGGGUUGCUAUGGCUGCUUUCUACUUGGCAAGAUGCCUCCAGCUUGGCCAAGGUAUGGAGCAAGAUUAAGCUGCUGCUAAAACAUACUAUUUAAAGGCAUGCCUUCUAAAUCAAGGUGUUGCUUCUGACCUUGAGCUGACAGCUAGUUUGGGGAGAAUUUAGUGGGCUUUUUGGCUGUGACUGGUGUCUAUAUGCAUUUCCUACAACAAACCAACUUUAAUCUCCAGCAGCUACAGCCUGCUCAUCGCUCAAACUUAAACUGAGAUGCAGCAGAGUUUCUGAAAUGGUAUUGAAGACUUAAUAUGUAUUAAGGACAUUUGACUGGGACAGACGUCCUGUGUUUUCUUAACGCUGCUAUAUAGCGCAUGAAUUAAACUAAACCCAAAUAAAAAUAAUUGUUUCCUUUCCUGUAUUUUUAGUAUUUGAACAUGAAAUUAUAGUAUUCUGGAAAGCUUCAAGCAAAACUUGUCUAGCUUUCACAUACAAUCCAUUCACAGGUCAUGACCUUUUCUAAACCUUACCCUUGCUAGUGGUGCAUAUACUUUCUUUCACGGUCUCUUCUACUGCAUCUGGAUCUACUUAAGUGUCUUACAUUUUUCGAUUAGACUGCAGAGAUUCGAAGUUGGAAUCUGAUCUGUAUGACACUAAGUUACAGUUCAACCAACGCCAACUUCUAAAAUGAGAAAAUAUUACUUACAGAACUACUGAAAAAACCCUUCAGUACAGAAACAUGAGUUUACACAUCCACUGCAUGAGGCCUGUUCUCCUCAAUCCUUCUUCAUACUGCAUCUACAGUACCUAUGUCUGUAACAGAACAGUUGAAAACCUUUGGGCUAGGAGUGUGUAUAUCUGAGCAAUGUUAUGCUGAAAUCUUUUAUCAAAAGACACUUUGAUUAACCAUUAGUACGUUUUACUGAUUGCUAUAGUAAGCUUACACAUUUCUAAAUACCUAUUUACCUGUAAAACUUCAUGUGUGCAGGAGAAUUUGGCUUCUUUUUUUUUAAGAAUUUGGCUUCUGUUUUUUUCUUUUGGCCGUGCCUUGAAAAUUUUUUUGAAAG